GGCCAUGUCAAGCAAGCGAGCCAUAAGAAACUAGAACACGAAUACAAGAGUCAUUCUCUGUUCAGUUUCAGCCACAUUCAAUGGCAUCACUUCAGUGCCAAAAGCCAGUUGCGCAACAAACUGUCUGCCAAAAAAACACCACUGUGACUUGCCACAAAGCAAACAAUGAGCACCACUCUUUUGCUGACAAAAUGAAAGAGAUGACAGGCAAAAUGUUCCACCACGAGAAUCACGGUCAGCAAUCCGCCUGCCAUGGCUCCAAAACUCAACAAUCAGCAUGUCAUGGCUCCACUGCUAUGCAUGGAGCUCAUGCUAAUUAUAGCCAGCAAAAUGCAUGCCAUGGCGCCAAACCUCAACAAUCAGGAUGCCAUGGCUCCACUGCUAUGCAAGGAAGUCAUGGUAACCACAGCCAGCAGACAGCAUGCCAUGGCUCGAAGAAGGAAGGGGGUUUCAUGCAUAAAAUGGGUGAUCAGCUGAAGACCAUGAGGAGAAAGAAGAAUAAAGAUGGACGCUGCAGAGAUGGCAGUGAUAGCAGCAGUAGUAGCAGCAGUGAUGAGAGCGACAACGAGAACUGUGGAAGGAACAAGAGAGAGAGCUGCUGAAGAAGUAAACUGCAAUACUCAAUAAGAGACAGAAGCUAUACUACUAAUGAACUGUUGCUCAGUAAUAAUGUACUUUGUCCGAAAGCGAUGUCUGUGUCUGUGAGAGAAAGCUAAGUGUGGAUGUGCAAUAUGAAUAAAUGCUAAUACUUCAAUGUACCUAUCACCUAUGGUCUAUCCGGUAAUGAAAUAAGCUUCUGAGAUAAA